AUGAAUGCCGUGGCUGAUGAAACUCAUAGAGGGGAUGAUCAGCUUCAUCUGGUUUCAAUUCCAGAUGGGUUAGAACCAUGGGAGGAUAGGAAUGAGCUGGGUCAGUUAUGUGAAGCAAUAUACCGAGUGAUGCCUGGGAAGUUGGAGGAGCUCAUAGAGAAGAUUAAUGGAGGAGAAGGUGACAAAAUAACUUGUGUCAUUGCUGAUUUCAGUAUCGGGUGGGCUCUGGAAGUGGCAGGGAAAAUGAAUAUCAAAAGUGUUGCCUUUUUUCCUGCAGCAGCUGCAGUUUUGGCUUUGAAUUUUUCUAUUCCACAGUUAAUACAAGAAGGAAUCAUUAAUAGUGAUGGAACUGUAUCAAAAGGCCAAGUGAUUCACUUGGCACCAAACAUGCCCAUCAUGAAGAUCGAAGACAUGCCGUGGUUAUGCUUUGAUAAGAAUAAGAGUGGAAUCAUCCCGAAAGGAGAAAUCAAGAACAAGGUGGAACAACUUCUUGGAGACGAAAAUUAUAGAGCAAGGGCUUCUAAACUCAAGGAAAUGGCCAUGACUAAUGUCGAAGAAGGAGGCCAAUCUAACAAGAUCUUCAAGAAUUUAAUUGAAUGGAUAAAGUCGUAG